AUAAAAUUCGGAAGCACAGCUCCAACCUUCCCAACAAAUCACAUAUUCCAUGUGGCAUCCCGAAAUUUAUUACGAAACGGACAAAAAAAAAAAAAUACUGUCAAUUGUUUACCGCAAAAUCAUCUCUUGUUUAUUUUUCAAUUUUCCUUUGAUAUUUAUUUCUUCUCGUCAAUUUCCUUUUGAAAUUGUGAAACUUUCACGGUCUAAAUCGAGUGGAUCUCUUGCUUUUCUUCCUUCUCCUAUCUUCCAAUCUCGUCUUGCGGCCGACUGAUCUGUUAAAAAAGACAGCGGCAUGUCAACCUUUCUGAUUUGCUGGCAACACCAGCUUUUGUGAAAUGAGUAUUUUACUUUUCUAGAGGAAACUUUUUUGUAGCAAUUUUGCCUUUUUUACAAAUGGAGAAACUGAUCUUAUCGUUGCUUGUGUUAAUUACGUUGACAAGCACCACAACUGUAUCAUCAUCCUUCUCCGUUAGGGUUCCGAUUUGCCCCAAAGGACCAGCGAAAGAUUACAUGUUAGGGUUACGAGACCGGAAUUGUCCUGUAUCCGGCGAUGAAUCAGCCUCGCUUCGUCCUCGUUUUGUUUCCGUCACUGAGGGAGAUGAUUUCUGGUUACAAAUGGCUUCAGAUAUGAUACAUAAGAACAAAUGUGGCUAUGUGGCUUUGCUCUUCUAUGCAUCAUGGUGUCCUUUCUCUAGAUCAUUAAGACCAAGUUUUGAUGUUGUCUCUUUGCUUUAUUCAUCGGUUCCUCACUUUGCAAUCGAAGAAUCAUCAGUUAAGGCAAGUACACUCUCCAAGUAUGGAGUUCAUGGCUUUCCUACUGUCAUCCUUCUGAAUUCAACAAUGCGCGUAACUUAUCGUGGAUCAAGAACUCUAGAUUCUCUUGUUGCGUUCUACAGUGAUGUUACUGGCAUCGAAACGCUGGAUGAAACUUCGGUUGAGAAAAGCAGGUUGCUUCCACAUUUGGCGAAACAAAACAACACAGAUUCAGAAAACUGCCCCGUCUCAUGGGCAAGAAGAAGAUCGCCUGAGAAUCUGCUUGGCCAAGAGACUUAUCUGACUCUUGCCACAUUGUUUGUCUUGUUGAGAUUGCUACAUUUAAUUUCCCCCACAUUGGUUUGGUUAGCGAGAUUAACCUGGGGAGGGGUUACUCAGAACAUGAGACUACAGAACCUCUUGGAGCAUACCGUUGCCUCGUACCUCAAAGAACCUUCCAUGAGUAGCAAUUUGCAAGAAGGAGCCAUGAAUGCUAGAGCGUGGGCUUCAAAAUCUUUGGCCACUGUCUCAAUCGGUGAUUCAAGCACAAGUGUUGCGACUUCACAAUGAGUCAACCGUAACCGUUUUUGUAAUUCCCUUCUUGUAUAAUAAAACACAAGAGUUUCCUCAGACCAAUGAGGGACUUCGAUUCAUAGCUCAGUCUUGUAGCAAAGUGUGAAAUGCUAUCAGAUUACAACAUUGUAGACCACUACUUGAUCUGUCUGUCCUUCUAAUAGGGUGAACCAUGACUUAACGAGAUUUGAUAUAGUGAUACGACAGAAACAGCAGUUACAUGCCGAUCAAGAAACUGCUAUCCUUCAAGAUUAAUCCAUAAUGUCUUUCGUUCCCUUUUUUUUUGUCUCAACAUUGAUUUCAUUAAUCCAACAAAUGUAUGUUACACCGGCGAUUAUCAUCUUCGAUCAGAGGUUGUAACCAAGGUGGAAAACAUCAGAGUUUAACUAAAUGGCACACAAAAGCCAUGUGAUAAUGUCAUGCCCAUCGUUUUGAAUAGCACACAAGAAUGUCCACCUCAUUGCUUCCGCCUCUGUUUCAAAAGUAGAACUGAUCUUGGCCGUGAAACCGUGCUACAACCCGAGCAACUGGUUCGUUUUCCGGGAUCCCGAGUGCCAUCACCAAUGCAUUUUAUAGAAGAUUAUCCAUAAAUGUCUUUCUGCUCAAAGGACUAUCUAUAAUUUUGAGCCAGAAUCAUUCCCCAUCUGAUGCAUAUCUGCAUACUUAUACAGCUUUUCGUUAAACACAACCUGAGGAUCUUUACCGAUCAAAACACCAUUCGCAUCAUAACCAUCCUUCAGAAACACGGUCCAGUUCAUCUCAGUGCCCGCCAAGUAAAAAGCUGUGGGCUGCUUCUUGAGCAUCUGGUAAGUCUGCCUAGUCAAGCUAAACUCGUCCUUGAAUUCGACAAUGUGAUGAAUCGAAGCUCUUUUCUCUAAAGUCAAGCUCAAGAACUCGUGCAAGAUCCCUACUCUGUACUUCUCUGCUUCCAAAGUCCAUACAUCGUGCUUCCAACCAUCUGAAUACGGCGAAACCAACGGUAAUGUGUUCAACUGAUUCAACUUUCCCGAAAUCUUCACUUCCAAUUCAAGUUUUUUACCGUGUUUCACUGGAAACUUAAACGCUCUUUUGGCUUUAUCUUCGUCCACCAUGAAUGUUCUUUCGAGCUCACUCACCGCAAGAUUCUGAUCCCAGUUCACCAAUUCGAGCACCCGGUUCCCGUCUUGACCCGUCACGACCCGGAAAUAAUCCGGGUAUUUCCCGACCCGGUCUCGAAAAUCCUCAGGGACCCCAAAAAUCAAUCGAGUGUGAUGGAUUUUGCUAAGUAAGAUCCGUUUAUCUUUCGUCAUCAUCAACAGCUUUCUCACACGAUUAACUCUAUCUAGCUCCAUCGAAUCCAUUAAAGCUCUCUCUUCAUCUAACAAAUCCUCCAUGAAUUCCGAAAACCCUAACCACAUCUUCCCAUCGGUAUGUCGAUAAGUCUGAAAGAUCAAAGGGUGUUUAGGGAUGUAACGAGUCACCUUACGGCCGCGUAAGAACCCUAGCUCGCGGUAGAGCUUGCCGGCGUCAUCUAAUCGGAGAAUCCGGUCCGGUUGCUUCGUGAUGAACUCUUUCGAUCGUGUUAGGAACCGGAAAUGGGCGUCGCGUGUGACGAGGGAUUCGAAAUGAGGGAUUCGGGUUGAAUCGGGUUGAACGGGUUUGGUUCUGGCGGAUUCUGGUUUCUUCCGCUUCUUUUUGAAUUUAUCUGGCGUUUUUGUGAUGAGGAAGGAGGAGGAGAAAGGUCGAGUUGUGAAAUAAGGGUUUGGAUUUGGCGAAGAAGACGAGGCGGUUUUGGGAAGUGAUCGUAGUAUUGUUUGAUUAUCAGAUUUUAGGGUUCUUGUAAACAGGCGGAGCCAAGCCAUGUCUCUAAAUUAAACCAUGAAUAAUCCACUAG